UACAAUACAAAACGGAUUGUGAUUGUAGCGUGUGUAUAAGUUGUUUCUAUUCGGCCUACUAAUGAUUACAUAAAGUUAAUCAGAUCAGUAAAAAUAAACCAAAAUGAAUACUGACGAUAUAAUUUACUUAUGUCUCAUAUUUUUUCAAAUGGGAUUUGGUUUUUAUUAUCGAACAAUUAACAAUGUAGAUAAUAAGAAGUUAAUUGGAGCAGCCGUUGGAUUUUCAAUUGCUGUUAUUGUAUCCGGUUUUCAUGUAUUGCAUGUGUUGAUAAGCACACUAAUUAAUGCAUACAUUAUAUUGUUUAUUGAUAAAAGGAAAUGUCAUGUAUAUUCAUUUGUCUUUUCCUUUUUGUACCUCAUGUUCUUCCGAACAACUGUCUAUUUUGGAAUUCCAUAUGCUCCUGGACAUACCAAUCUGGUUCAAAUGAUGUUGACUCUAAAAUUAGUUGGUUUGGCCUGUGAAGUUAACACUUCCUUCGAAGCUAAAAAGAAAAAGGAUGAUUCAACCAAAACUGAAGAACAAGAAUAUGAGGAUGAAAGACUACAAUUUAAAAUCAGUUUUACAUAUAUUAUUUGUUAUACUUUUAACUACUGUGGAGUUUUAACAGGUCCAUAUUUCCGAUAUGUUACCUACUUGGACCAUUUAUAUAAGCCUUACUAUAAAUACGACAAUAUUGUUACGGCUCUUAAGAAAAGGAUACACUGGAUUCCCAUUUUGGGUGCAGCUCAUCUGAUUACCAAUUAUUACUGGCCGUUAUCGUACGUAAAUACGGAAGAGUUUUUGAAUAGGUCAUUUUUCUAUAGAGCGUGGUAUGUCUGGCCGUCAUUUGUAAUAUUUAGAAGUAGAAUAUAUUUUGGACUGGUACUCACUGAAAUUGUGUGUAUCUUUGGAGGUUUGGGAGUAUAUCCAGAAUUCGCAAAAGCCAAAUCUGGUCAUGGACCAACGCAAAACUACAAAAAACUCAAGGAAACGACUGACCCAGAAGUUUUAAAAGGACUCAAAUAUGAUUAUGAAACUAUCCAAUCUAUAAACCCUUAUGAGUCAGACUGUGUUCCUACAAUGAGAGAAGCCAUGAAACAUUGGAACAUCACUAUCCAAUACUGGUUAGCCACUUACAUAUACAGAAAGUUCCCAUAUAAAAAAUACCGCACUCAUGUUACCAUGUUCAUGUCUGCAUUAUGGCAUGGAGUUUAUGCUGGGUAUUAUUUCUGCAUAGCCACUGUACCGUUUGCUCUUCUCUACGAAGAUGUCUGGGUGAAAUUGUUACUAGAUGGCGCUGAAGGUGUGUCUUUACAACUUGCAAAACUGCUGUUACUCUUCCUAAAGAUGCAAAUGUUCUCCUACCAAAGCAUUUCGUUUGUUUUAUUAGAAAUUAGAAGAAUAAUGGAUUACUACAACAGCGUCUAUCACUGGGUACCAAUAGUGUACGUCGGCAUCUAUUUCUUAGGAAAACACCUUCUAAAAUUGAAAAGACAGCGCGCUAAGAAGGCCCAAGCUGAACCCCAGAUUGAUAUUCGAUAAGUGAUAGAAAAUGAAGGUAUACUCAUAGAAGAUACUGAAGAAAUUUUUUUUUAUAUAUACGAGUGUAUUAUCGUCACUCCACAGGUUAAGGUAUGAAGUUAUCUCCAUAAUAUAUAUUAGAUUUAUAUUUGGGUCUGAUUUUUAUGUGUAAAUAUAUAUACUGUUUAUA